AUGCGUCGGCCGGGCACGCUGCCCAACUCCGCCACGUCCGGUCACCGCUCCGCAGGCCCGAUGGAGGACGGCUCGACGCCCCUGAGCAUCGCCGCCGACAAUUGCACCUCGACCGGCGGCAGAUUGCAUUACGCGAAUCACUCUUUGCGCCGCACGCCCCAGCCGCCGCACCUACCCGCUCGCGACACCGAGAACAGCCCCUCGGAGAGGGCCCAGAACGACUCGCGGGUUCAAAACGGCGUACCAGGCGUGCACCACCACGCACCCCCGCCGCUACCGUCUAGACAUCAACCCUCCUGCGGCCAGUCGUCUUAUCCAACCCUGCCGAUGAACGGGCACGCGACUCAUCAAUACCAUCACUUUCCACGCGAGAAGGAGAGGUCCUCUGCUCGCGAAAGGAGCCGCGACCGCGACGUCGGCGUCCAGUCCGUCCCCCAUCGGUCCGACAAGCACCGAGACGCCCAGAUGGAGAUGGAGAUGCGCGACGGGAUGGACAUGGGCGACAUCAGCCCGUAUCGCGCGUAAGGAUGGCUGCACCGUGGCCCGAAUCGUAGCGAACGCUCUCGGACGAACGUCAACUGUGGAUAGGCCGAGCGAAUUGAACCGAAGACUGAACACGAACGUUGAACAGGGACGUCCCGAACUGUUAACGAGGCGCUUGUUUACGGUAGUAUCGUCGUUACCGCGUGAUAUAAUGGUAACGAUCGAAGAAGCGGGGAUGCGUUUCGCGAUGGAAUUGGGCGGACUCCCUUGGCGAAUCGAAUCGAAGACUGAUUACGACAGACGUCGGCGUACGAUAUCGACGAACAAUUAACCGAUACAGGUACAUUCCCGCCCUAUACGGGCGCCUACGGUGCGCACCGAUGAACACCGAUCAAAAUCAAAUCUCGACGACUCCGCGCUCGUAAAUCCUAACGAUACCGAUUGCAAUGGUAUGAUAUGGGAAUUAUGUUCCACCGUGAGCUCGUCUUACCCGUGUACGACUCACCGAGGCCAGCUAGGAUGCGGUGGCUUGGGGAGGAUUAGUCGUCGAAUUGAGAAGGAAUGAUUGAAAAUAUCACAAUGGACGAGGAGGAGACUGAUUACGUGUCUCGAGUUGUUUGGGUACGCGUGUAAUACGGCUGCAAAGCGGAAGAAGUUCACGGAUGCGAAACGUACUCGAAGAAUCGCGUCAAAGAGUCGAAAUGGACACGGUAUCGCGAGGACGGUCCCGCGUGGUGGCAACAAUCGUCUUCAUCUUGGAAGCAAAGACGGUAGCGAAGCUUUGAAACGUCCCCAUGGAAACCACGGAAAGAUGAAAGCGCGGACGAUAAAAGUGCAACGCGAACUCGUGAAAUGUCAUCUGCCGAAUGAGCGUGUCCAAUCCUCGUAGGGACGCGUCGUUUGUAAACGUCACAUUGACGCGGUGACAAGGCGGAACUAUCGAAUCGAAAGUCGAAAAGGGAACCGUCGCGUUUCUGCGUACUUGCGAACGAUUCAAUGAGCGUUUCUGAGAACAGACUGUGCAGCGCGAUGGGAAUCGUGGCGAAUCCUCAACCGUCUUUCAGCUGCGAAUAAGUGGUCUGAAUAGAACGUUGUAUUCAGGAUAUUCUGUUAAUGAUUUGGAGCCUCUCUUGCGUCGAACUCUUAGCGUUGCAUUCGCCUGUGGGUAUUUCGUGUUUUGUAUUAAUUGGUACAGUAUCAACCCUUAGCAAUUCAAGUCUUUUUUACAUGCAGUCAGUCCCAUAAAUAUUCGCACCCUCUAUGUCUAUUAAAGAAAAUUGUUUAAAUUAAAUGGUAAGUAGGAAAAAUUCAUUUGUUUAUAUCAAAACUAUUAUUUAAUUUAGUCAAACUUCUUCAAUAGACAUAGAGAGUACGAAUAUCUAUGGAAUUGCUUAUAUUUACUUCCUGUUAAUGUAUUUUUGAGUUUCCUUUUUACCUUUAAACUUAUGAUGCAUAUUCGACGACGCUGAUUAUGUCGAGAUCGUCGAGUGGAACCUCGAGUUCGAUAGUGCGUGCCCGUUCGAUGAAACGGACAAAAUUUUUCGGGCUAAGAAGGAAAUGUUGAAGUUGACUGCAGCGCGAUCGCUCAACCGAAUGUUCCCCUGUCCUCCGCGAAUCUAUAACGUAAUCGUGUAACGAGCUUUCUUCGACUGGAGGACUCUUUCGUGAAAACAGAGCUCAAUCCUGGAUAUGAAGCUUUAACGGAUAGAACGGGGUCAAAGUGACGUGCAUUUUUCCUUCGAAACAUCGCGUUUGAUCGAAUGCUGCAGUCGUCCGGCGUGCAUCUUCCAUCCAUUCAAGUGUACACUGCACUCGGUCUCUGUUUCUAAUUCGUCAAGCUUCGUUUGUUUUUAGUCUGUUAUUUUAACUCUACAGCGUACAAUUUCACGUGGAAGUCGAGUCAGCACCGAAGCAUUUAUCGUUAGCCGUCUCAGAUUUGUUCGUUAUGGUGGUCGAAUCUCACUCUGACGUUCUAGAAUGAAA